AUGCAGGAGACCAGGCCCUGUGGCGGGCCAAAGGACACAAACUGUCAUGUUGGCGAUUGGCACGAGUGGACAAGCUGCAGCGUCAAGUGUGGAGUCGGUCGGCACACACGAAUGCGAUACAUCGAUGUGGAGGCCCGACGUGGGGGCGAGACCUGCGAUCUAGACCUGUUGGAGACGGCGCCUUGUGAUGCCGGACAUUGUGCGGGCAGUCGUGACUGCGAGGUCAGCGCAUGGACAGAGUGGAGUAUGUGCGAUGAGACCUACAUCCAGAAGUACCGGCGACGGGAGGUCACGUUGGAGCCAACAGGAACGGGCCUUCUGUGCAACUACAGCUUGAAAGAGACAUUGGGAUGUGCCCCGCCGGUAAAGCAAGACUGCGCUCUGGCGGAGUGGCGUGCCUGGAGCACUUGCACAUCAACCUGCGAUGGAGGUCAGAGGUACAGAGACCGCAACGUGCUCAAGCCACCGAGGCGGGGCGGCAGUUGCCCCACAGUUCAACUCAGGGAGACCGCAUCCUGCGGUACCUCCUCCUGCUCUCCUCAAGGUCCGCAGGACUGUCUCUUGACCGACUGGGCCAAGUGGUCCGACUGCUCAGCGUCAUGCGGAAGCGGGUCCCGCACGCGGACAAGAAAGGUGGACAGAUUCGCAUCAAAUGGGGCGAAGCCUUGCGAAGGAGCACUUCAAGAAGUUGGGCAGUGCGUGCGAGAGGACUGCCAGGUGGUCGACUGCCGGUGGAGCGACUGGGAGCACUGGUCCACGUGCAGCGUCUCCUGCGAUGGGGGCACCAAAGUCAGGAGCCGCAACAUAGCCGUGUCGCCGAAGGGUGGCACUGCAUGCGAAGCAAAGGACAAGGUGGAGGUGGCUCCUUGCGGAACCCAGCAUUGCGGCGAAGGAUGCCGCGAUGGUGCUUGGGGCGAGUGGCGGGAGUGGACUCCCUGCAGCGGCAGCUGCAACGAUGCGUUCCGGAUGCGAAGAAGGAACAUUGCCGUCCAUCCCAACUACUGUGGCAACGCUACGGUGGGUCCACGAGAGGAGUUCGAGGUUUGCUCUCACUUGGAGCCUUGUACAGCAGAUGUUGACUGCGCACUUUCUUCCUGGACAGCCUGGACGAAGUGCAGUUGCCACUGCUUCGGGAUGCGCACGAGAUCUAGAUACAUCGAGAAAUUUCCAUCCGGGAACGGUGAGACGUGCUUCAACGAAAGCCUGAAAGAGAUCGAGCCUUGCAAUCCCGGACCGGAUGAAGUGACGCCAGCAGACUGUUCCAACGUGAAGCAGGUGAACUGUGAGCUAUUCGAAUGGCAGGAAUGGUCCCAGUGCUCUGUGAGCUGUGGUGGAGGGCAGCGUUCGCGAGUUCGAGAGGUCAAGCAACCUUCCAUGGGGGGUGGAAGGGCUUGUUCCAAUGCCCUCCUCGAGACAGUGGGAUGCAACAUCCAGCACUGCGCCGCGCACAGGUGCCAGGACUGCGUAUGGGGGCCUUGGAGCUCUUGGGGUGAUUGCCCUCCUUGCGGUGGCCAGCGGUAUCGACACCGAAACAUCGACAUCAUGCCGAACCUAUGUGGCAAGCGUUGCGAUUUGCGAUCUGCAAAGCAGGUGUCAGAUUGCAUUCCUCUGCCGGCAUGUGAAAGGCAGCUUUAUUGUGGCUGGAAUGAAUGGACAGAACCGCAGUGUGGAGACACCUGUGGAACAGCGACCGCCAUGAUCACAAGGAGUUUGGGUCUUCAUGUGACGAAGCCUAGCGACGACGAUCUCCUCUUUGAGGUCAAUGGAACGGCCAAUUGCUCUGGAACACAGGUGAAUCAGACGGAGUGCCCCUUCAUGCGUCCAUGCGAGGACUGCAACCCGAUUCCGUGCAUCUUCAGUCCCUGGUCGGAGUGGCAAGAGCCCACUUGUGAGGGCCUUUGUACGCGCAGCCGCAUCGUGCAGGAUGUAAACAACGAGUGUGGGCCGCCCUGCAACGGUCCUUUGGAAACGACGAAGCGCUGUGCCGCGGAUUGCCUGAGUCCAAGGGAUUGCAAGGUAACGCAGUGGAGCGAGUGGAGUGGAUGCAGCGAUCCUGGACAGGCAUCGGGCCAGAGAUAUCGCAACCGAGAGAUCGAGUUCACGCCGCGCAAUGGCGGAAAGCCAUGUCUCGGUGUGCUUGAGGAGACGGUGGGCUGCCACCAGAUAGUCCCACAGCCGUGCGUAUUCAGCUCGUGGGAGGCUUGGACAACCUGCACAACCAGCUGUGGUGACGGUUGGCGUACGAGACGAAGACAGAUCGAGGUGCAUGCUCACCGUGGCGGCAUGACUUGCGAUGGCUCUUUGAAAGAGAUCGGCAAAUGCGUCCAUGAAGGCACUGCGUGUGAAGCUGGUAUCGCAGUGGACUGCAUACUUGGAGAUUGGGGCAUCUGGAGCACCUGCGACAUGCACAACAUGCGUUUUCGGGAUAAGAGCAUCACCCAGCAUGCCGAGAAUGGUGGCCAAGCCUGCGUCGGCGAAAUUACGCAAGGACAAACAUGCGGAAUGUUCCCCGUCGAUUGUAAGCUGUCGAGCUGGGCAGAAUGGGGACCUUGUGAUCGAACAUGCGGACACGCACAGACGAGGCGUCAGCGUCAGAUCGAGCGAUUUGCUGCAAAUGGGGGCGCAGAAUGUGACGGCAGUCUCAUGGAAACCAAUGGCUGCUUUCUGGCGGAAUGCCCUGUGUGGAAUGCAGAGGUGAGCGACUGGUCAGCAUGGACCGACUGCACGCUGACCUGCGGACCAGGCGAACAAACACGCACUCGCAGCAUUCUCAAGGAGAGAACUUUGGGGGGGCGUGGAUUUGAGGGCUUCCUGGGCGAAGCACGACCAUGUCACACAACCCGCGUGUGCCCGCGAUCGGACUGCGAGUGGGACGCAUGGGAGGAAUGGCGGCCCUGCAGCUGCUCCUGUGGUGGCGGCUCGCAGGUGCGGAAGCGAUUUGUAAAGACAAUGCCCCACAUGGGCGGCGAGCGUUGUCCGGCGAGUCACAAAGUGGAGCUGAGGGCGUGCAACACUCACAGCUGCAAUGAGAACUGCAAGGAUGGCCAGUGGGGUGAGUGGACUGCUUGGUCCGAGUGUUCAGCGAGCUGUGGCGGGGGAACCUCAUUCCGGAUUCGCCGGAUCGUCCAAGAAGCUGACGAGUGUGGAGCUCCGCCGGUAGGGAAGUCCCAUGAGACCGGCUUCUGCAACAUGGACAGGUCCUGCACGCCCUCCGUGAACUGCGAGUUCACGCAUUGGUCCGAGUGGACCGCUUGCUCAGCAACCUGUGACGGCAUUCGUCGGCGCGAGCGCACCGUGGAAAACUACGGCCGAGGUGCUGGCCUCUGGUGCAUCGGUGGCUUGAAGGAGGUGGAACCCUGCAACCCAGCUCCAGGCCAAGACGGCCCCGAGGAAUGCUUCGGGGGAAAUCCCGUGGACUGCCAGCGCAGUGAUUGGACGCACUGGAGCAUGUGCAGCAAGAGUUGUGGAGGCGGUGAAAGCCUGCGGUCACGAGAGAUCCUGACGCAUCCUAAAUUUGGCGGCCAAACUUGCGAUGGCCCUCUGGAAGAACUGAAGGAGUGCAGUCGCCACGCCUGUGGAAGUGAGCAAAAGCCGGUGGACUGCACGUUCGGAUCCUGGGAAUCCUGGGGUCUCUGCAACAAAUGCAGCGGUGAGCGCACGAGGAUCAGGAAGAUUAUUGACUUCCCGCGGAAUGGUGGCAAGGAAUGCGAGCCAAAGGAGCUCAUGGAACUCGGGAAAUGCCCGAGACGGUGUACUGGACAAAAGUUCUGCGAGUGGCAGAACUGGGGCGAGUGGAGCCAAUGCACCGCAGAAUGCGGCAAAGGAGGCAAGCGCCGACGACGCCGCUACAUGACGCUCACAGAGGAGGCCAAGAGUGAAUUGCCGUCCUAUGUUUCGAAUGUCAUGAUGCACUAUGAGAAGGUGCGCCUUCGGGCUCAGGAUCUGGAAUCUCGAGAAAUCAUCGACAUCUUUGGUUCCUUUGUGGCCGGCUGCGUCUCUUUGUCCAUGGUGGUGCUUGGCGUGCGCCUUUUCGGGCGUGUGCGCAGCCACCGCAGUGCGCAAGUAGCCUACACCGCCGUGGAGGCAUGA